GAUGCCAUCAAAAGGUAUGGAUGCCUAUGCCAAGCUCAAUGUUGCCACCACGAGUGCAACACAAUUGGCCAAAGAAAUCUUGGAAUUCUUUCAAGUGUUCUAGCGCCUUGGAUGAACGCAGGGUUUAGUCAAAGAUUCGUCUCCACAGACAAAUCACACAUAAAACUGAACGAUUGCGUCUUCUGGGUGCCAAGAAAUGCUCCCCGCUUUUAGAUCUGGGCAAAAGAUACCAACAUGCCAAUGUUGUUCACAAAGGGAAGGUGAAGGUGAGGGUAACGUGAAUCGUGAGGACGCGCUUGCGGUUUUUGGAUAUGGAGAGCGAGCCUUAGUUUCCUUUUACUCCUAGGACUUCACAACGCGAGGCUGAACUUCUUUUUUUCUUCUCUCCCUCACGUUCCUUUCUUCCUUCAGUUCGUGCCUUUCAUCCGCGUUUCUGCAUCUCGAUCUCAACACAGAAACGCAACAAUGGAGACGCACAACACCUACAAUCCUUCUUCGGGACCCAACAGUGAGAAGCCCAUCCGUGAAGAUGUGGAUGUCAAUGUCAGUAGUGCCGACGACCUCACGAGAGAGGAUUCCAAUCACCACCUCCAUCGUGGAUUGAAGGCCAGACAGAUUACUAUGAUUGCCAUCGGCGGAGCAAUCGGUACUGGUCUGAUCAUCGGAACUGGAAAGUCACUCGUUCAAGCUGGCCCCGCGCCUCUCUUCAUUGGUUACACCAUUGUCGGCUUCCUAUGUUUCCUGGUUAUGGCUGCGCUGGGAGAGAUGGCUUCCUGGCUUCCACUCCCUUCUGGUUUCACUGGAUAUGCCACCCGAUUCGUUGAUCCGGCUCUGGGUUUUUGCCUUGGUUGGAAUUACUGGUUCAAGUACAUCAUUGUCACUCCGAACAACUUAACUGCUGCCUCACUCGUGAUCCAAUAUUGGAUCGACCGUGACAGAGUCAAUCCUGGUGUCUUCAUUGCGGUCUUCUUGGUCGUAAUUGUAUGCAUCAACUACUUUGGUGUCAAGUUCUUCGGUGAAUUUGAGUUCUGGCUCUCUUCCAUUAAGGUCACUGUCAUUCUCGGCUUGAUCUUACUGAGUCUCAUUCUUGCCUGUGGAGGAGGACCAUCUCACCAUGCAACCGGAUUUCAAUACUGGAAGAAUCCAGGUGCAUUCCAUGAGUAUAUUCUCACUGGUAGUGCAGGUCGGUUCUUGGCUGUCUGGAGCACCUUUACCACCGCUGUAUUCGCGUAUCUUGGUACUGAGCUUGUGGGUGUGACAGUAGGAGAAGCCGCCAACCCAAGAAAGGUCAUUCCUAGGGCUAUUAAGUUGACCUUCUUCCGAAUCCUCCUCUUCUAUGUCCUUCUCAUCUUCCUCCUUGGAAUGCUUGUGCCAUAUAAUUCCCCUGAGUUGAAGGCCGGCAUCUCUACCAAUGGUGGAGCCACAGCAGCUUCGUCGCCCUUUGUAGUGGCAAUUCAGAUCAGCGGCAUCAAAGUUCUACCUGGUAUCUUGAACGCCUGUGUCUUGAUCUUCGUGUUCUCUGCUGCCAAUUCAGAUCUCUACAUUGCGUCUAGAACUCUCUUCGGACUCGCACACGAGCACAAGGCACCCCACAUCUUCACUUACACCGACAAACGCGGAGUUCCAAUCUUUGCUCUUGCACUCUCGGUAGCAUUCUGUCUCCUCGCCUUCCUAGGUGUCAACACAGCUUCAUACACCGUCUUCAGUUAUUUUGUCAACUUGGUUACCAUGUUCGGCCUUCUCACUUGGAUUUCCAUCCUCAUCUCCCACAUCUUCUUUGUGCGUGCUCGUCGUGCUCAAGGUAUCCCGAACUCGGCAUUAGCCUAUGUAUCACCUCUAGGGAUGUGGGGAUCAGUUGGUGCAUUGAUCUUUUGUAUCUUGAUUGCAUUCUUCAAAGGCUUCGCACUAUUCGCAUACAAGGCAACAGCUGCCAAAGGCACGAAGCCGGUCUUUGAUACCAACACGUUCGUCACCACAUACCUUGGAAUCCCGCUUUACAUCAUCAUGUUUGUGGGCUACAAGAUCAUCAUGAAGAGCGAGUUCGUCAAGCCCGAGUCAGCAGAUAUGUAUGGUGGCAAGGCAAGAAUCGAUGCUGAAGAGGCUGAGUACCUUGCUGCCGAGGCGGCGAAGAAGGGAGGACCAGAGACGAAGUUAGAGAAGGUUUAUCGACUCACGGUUGGCAAUCUCUUCUGAUUGAUGAUCGCUGCUCAAUCUUCCGGAUGGACAUUGAUUGACAGUUUUGCUAUGAUAGAUUUGCAAUAGUUGGUAGCUCGGUCUGCUCUAGACAACUAAUGAUAUGUUUCGAGCUUUCCACCGAUUCCUACCUUGUAACACCCUUUGCUCCUAUGUAACUCGUGAUCAGAAUGCCAGUGAUUAAUAUGCCUUACCUUUUUCCACACGGAGAAACACUUAGACUCCUCGCCUGUGAAGUAUCCGGCAGUUAUAUGUGGCAUUCAGAAUAUAAAUCUCGAGCAUGAAAUAAUGUCUGUUCACUUUUUGAAUCUUCAUGAUGAGAAAGUCUGGUCAGUUUGAACCCGCU